AGAAAUUGUUUACAUCCACACGUGGUUGGAAAUUGUUUUCAUUUUUGGUUAUUAAAUUAUUGUUAAUUUCUUGUGAUUUAAAUUAAUUAUUUACAAUGGACGAACAAAUGGACGAAAUUGAGAGUAAAGUGAUUAUUGUUAAAAAUAUUCCCCAUGGAUUUUAUGAAAAGCAAAUGUUGAGUUUCUUCUCACAAUUUGGUAAAGUUACCAGAUUAAGAUUAUUGAGAAGUAAAAAGUAUUUAAAAAGUAAAGGGAUUGCUUUUGUUGAAUUUGCCUUUGAAGAUGUUGCCAAGAUUGCGGCUCAUACGAUGAACAAUUAUCUCAUGUUUGAAAAGUUGAUCAAAUGUCACCUUGUACCUCCUUCUAAAUUACCAACGAGUGUUUUUAAAUCUUGGAAUCGUAAAAAGAUAUCUACAAUUAAACGACACAAAUCUGCUGCCUCUCGUAUUCGCGAUGACACCGAAUGGAAUAAAUUAAAAGUGCAAAAGUUGAAAAAGAUAAAUGAUACACUUAAGAAAUUGAAAGAUUUAGGAAUAGAUUAUCAGUGUAAUAUGGCUGAGGAGACAACGGAAGCAAAAAUUGUCGACUUCUUAUCUCUUACUAACGGUAAUGCUGAGGAAUCGGGCGAUGAAUCUUAUGUGACCUGUGAUUCUUCACCGAAAUCGCCGAAAUCACCAAAGUCACUGAGAUCACCGAAAUCACCGAAAUCACCGAAAUUGCCGAAAUCACCAAUUGUACCAAUGCCACGGGAACGAAAUUCAUUGUCUGAAAGGAAACUUUCCUUAUCCAGAUCUGGAAUGAAAAGGAAAUUAUUUUCUCUGCCAAAAUUUGUAAUCCUAAACGCGGCCAGACGAUUAUCCCUUUAAUUGAGUAAAAAAAUGUUUCCUUUAUUUUGUGUUUACAUGAAAAAAUAACUCAACACGUUUAUAUAUAAAUUUCAUUAAGAAAUCGAUAAAAUCAGUGAAUUGAAGUUAAA